UACGAUAGGCUGACGAACGGCCACACUGGAAAGUACUUGGCAGAAAAGCUUGUGGAAUGCCUUACCGGCUACGGCAUUGAGAAGAAGGUCCUAGCAGUCACCGUCGACAACGCCGACAACAACACAACGAUGCUGAAAGAAAUGCAUACGCUGGUCAAGGAACUUCGGGGACCCAUGGCUCGAGUCCGUUGUUUU